AUGAAUUUUGUGCAUUCAAGCAUUUACAAAUUUAAUACUUUGAAGAAGCUAAGCCAAGCUUUACAAAACUCAGGAAAGCUCCUAACUGUCCUGUCAAACAAUGAUUUUGUCACUGACAUCAUCCCGUCAAUUCCAUCAUCAAGAAAAAUUAUCAACAAGUCCAUGUGUGUUUGUUUUGUAUUCGAUUUUGAUGAAUUGUUUGACUACUCUGGAUUUUCUGAGUGUGUAUUUUUCAUUUCCCAGGCAGAAAAUGCAAAUAAAAUACCACUUUCUGACGCUGUCACAGAAUCGCAAUUUGAGUUCUGCAGCAGCCUUCUUCAAAAGACUGGAAUUCUCAGUUCCGAUGAAGCUAGUGUUUUGAACAGGCUGUUCACACUUGCAAAUUUUCGAACAUAUCUUUCGAUAGACGAAGCAAAAAGGCUGUCUUUAAUCCUUGACAAAUCCAUGUGUGAUAUAACACCAUUUUCUUUUCUAAAAUUGAAAGAAGUGUCUUGCGGGAAUCUUCUGCUUCCCUUUAUUUGUACCCGGCAGCUUUUAGACCAUGUUCUAACUUCAAUCAAAAAUGCACUCGAACUGUCAAAUUUAUUUAUCAGGUGCGUGCUUCCUACAAUUACUUUUUCAGCAGGAGGAUUUAUGAGCAAAGAGGUUAGGGCUGAGAUGUCCUUUCCUGGGUUGUUUGAGGACAGCUUUGUUAGUGAUUUUCACAUUGCCAAGAAAGAAGCGGUCUGUGAUGUAUCUUUAAAGUGUGUUUUGAAUCUGAUCAAGAAAGGGAUUUUGGAUGAAAACUUGGAUGUAAUCUCUGCCAAUCUAUUAGAAUUGGGCACAGUUAAACAGCUAUUCAUUAAAGCGUACGGGACUAACGAUGAAAAUGAAAUUUGUAGUAUACGAAACGAGUUUAUAAGUCUGUGUUCUGUUUCUGAAGAUAAGGCAAUUUUUGAAAGGAAUGGACAGAUAGUAAUUCUCAAAAAUGAUUCUGCUGACAUGGCUAACAGCCUUUUUAAAAGAAAGUACAUGAUCAAUGCAUUUGAACAAGAGAAACCAGGCAUUACUCCUGAAGAAAAUCAGACAGUUGAUGGCAACCUUCACAGCUUCUUUCAUGUGGACAGUCCAACAGCCAAGCUAGAAAGAUUUUACAGAAAAAUUCCCAAGAGUCUUUCCACUCAAACAAAUAUUCUUGCUCUUUACAUAUUCAGUAAUUCUAAAACUGGUGUGCUGUGCGCAGAGUCCAGCAAAGAGUCGUGCUAUUUGACCAACGAUUUUAAAGAGAAAGUAAGGAUAUCAUAUAAAGGGACUAGAGCAUAUAGUGAAGAUGAAAUUAGACUGUUCAAGCUUUACCAAAUAAUAUUUUUCAAGCUGCACAACGAAGUCAUUCCUUCCAACGAGCAGGUGUUCAAGUUCUUCUACUUUGCUGUGCCGUUAGAUAUGAAUGAUCAAAUUGAUUGGACAUACUUAGAGAAAAUCCACAACGAGUUUCUUCUCGAUCACGUGUGCAACAAAACAAGCGGGGAUACUCUGAUUUGGAAUCCUUUUAGUCAUGAAUUCUACUUGUAUGCUGAUAUGGCAGAUAAAAGCCUUGAGGAUAAAAUUAACGGUAUAACGUUUUUAAAGUUCUUUGAACAGAAAUAUCGAGUAAACCUGGCUGUUAAGCAAGGAAAGAUGAUGUUUAAGGCCCACUUGGUUGAUAAAUUAUCUGCUCUGAUUAGAAAGCAUCUUAACAUUGUGUGCAAUAGUACUAAUAUUUCAAGGAAUAGAGACCAAAAUGAAAAUGCCAAUGAAAGCUCUAAAGCCUCAUUGAAACCACCUAAAGCAGACGUGCAGUAUUCCCUUUGCAAUAUUAGUAUUCAAGAUCCAACUAGCAUGCUUAAGCAUUCCGAUUUUUACUCAAAAAUACCGCUGAGUAGUCCAAAAUUCCUUGGUGUUGAUUCGUUAGUCAUUUCCUCUGCUGAAUGUUGCUUUGUAACGUCUGUAAAGACCAGCAUCAUCCAAGAAAUAGAAAUCUUCAAGAGAAACUACUUUUUAUUGGAGAGUCUUUUUGUUGCCCACGACCUUAGAAAAGAGUACAACCUCAGCUUGGAUCUAAAUGAAAUUGCUAUAUGCUUUAACCAGUUUGGUGAAAAUCCCUGUGAAAACUACGAAAGGCUAGAAUUUAUCGGAGAUUGUGUUUUGAAGUUUAUCGCCACCAACUAUUUUUAUUUGUCUGGUCUUUCAAUGGAUGUAAUUGUGUCUGUUAAGGACCACGUUGUCAGCAAUCAAAGCUUAUUUAAGCAUUGCUUGGAAAGUGGAAUUUACAAGUUUUUAAAAAUCAAUCAUUUUACGCAUAAAAUGGUGCAAGCUCCGCACAUUGAGGGUGUUGGCGAUUUUUUGAAGUACUUUAAUGCCGUUCCUAUCUUUCGAUCUGACAACUACAACCAUGGAAUCUCAAAAAACAACAGUGCAAGUGAACAGACAAUCAAACAAUACGCUGAUAUGAUUGAGGCUCUUAUUGGUGCCCAAUAUUUGAAGGGUGGUGUUGCUAGUUCUGCAGAGUUUAUUUAUCGACUAAACAUACUAAAGCCCCUUGAGAAUUUCAUGCAAGCCCGUUGUGGCAGCAUGGAAAAUGAGUCUUUAUUGGACACCAUCAACUCUUCUAGAAUUUCAAUGUCUAAGCAAUAUACAGCUGAGGAUAUUGGCGAGAUAAAAAGUAGAAUACAGAAGGAUAUUGCCACCUACUACUCCGGGUCUCUAAACUUUGCCAGGCUUGAACGCAUUACCGACAAACAAAGCUUGUUCUUCAACCAAACUUUUAAGCACUUUGAGUAUGCUGGAAUUUUGCCAGAGUCCGAUAUCAAGGCCAUUGAAGAUAUAGUAGGAUAUCAGUACACAAACCCUGGAAAUAUAGAAAGAGCUCUUGUGCAUCCAUCAUUUACAAAUACACUUGGAAGCACUGACUUUCAGUGCUUAGAACUGAUUGGUGACUGCUCUCUGGAUUUGUUUGUUACCACCUUACUCUAUCAGAACUCAAGUCUCAACACGCCUUUUCUUCUUCACUCGUCGAAGAAGUCAUACGUUAAUAAUUCUUCGCUUUAUGAUUUUUUUCACAAGGCUUGUCUUGAUAAGCAUGUUAAGUGUGAUCUCAAGCAAGGGGUGCGAUCUAAAGCCCACAGUGACGUUGUGGAGGCACUUAUUGGGUCGAUAUUGGUGGAUUUGCAGUGGAACUAUGAAAAGCUGUUUGAGGUUAUGAACAGAAAGAUAAAAUUUAUGCUUGAGGAAUGUAAACAAGAGCUUAAUUUUGAUUGA